AUGUUGGAUAAGAAAGACAAGGAAGAUAAGGAUAAUGCUUCCAUUUCUUCGCAAAGGUCAGAUGGUGAAAAGGGUGUAUUAAUCCCAGAAAGUUAUCAUAAACCUCAACAAAAGAAGAAAUUUAAAUGGCAAAUUGGUCACGAUGAUUCACCACCAGAAAUCUAUAAUAUGACACUUUACUUGACAGUAUUUGUUUAUGGUUUAUGUGGUGCUGCUAGAGGUUAUGAUGAAGGUAACAUUUCGGGAAAUAUUAGUCUUCCAUCCUUUCAAACUAGAUUUGGACUUAAUGAUAAGUCUAAGAGUGCCAAUGAACUUGCUGAUUUGAAAUCCAAUAUUACAUCUAUGGUUCAAUUAGGUUCUAUUGGUGGAAGUAUUCUUGCCAUGUAUACGGUUGAUAGAUUAGGUAGAAUUAGAGCUUUACAAGCAGUAUGUGUUUUAUGGAUUGUUGCAACGGCUAUUCAAAUUAGUUCUACAAGUGUAGGACAAUUAUAUGCUGGUAGAUUACUUGAAGGUUUAGCUAUUGGACAAACUACCACUAUUGGUCCAAGUAUGUCUGAAAUUGCUCCAAGUAGAAUUAGAGGUCUUUGUGUAUCUAUCUUUUCAGGAGCUGUAUAUUUUGGAAUUAUGUUGGGAUAUUUUGCUAAUUGGGGUACAGCCCUUCAUAUUUCUAAUACUUCUGAUGCCCAAUGGAGAAUUACUCUUUGUUUAAAGAUAAUAUUAGCUGGUUUAAUAUUUAUUUUUUCAUUUUUAUUUUGUGUGGAAUCUCCAAGAUGGUUAUUAAAAGUUAAUAGAGCCGAUGAAGCCAUUGAGAAAUUAUCUAAAUUAAGACAUUUACCACCUGAUCAUCCUUAUGUUGUUGCAGAAAUUAGUGAUAUUAAUGAACAAGUAUUAUCAGAAAAGGAAGCUACCAGAGAUACUAAUAUUUUCCAAAAAUUUAAAGAUAUUAUUAUGGUUAAAUCUUUAAGAUAUAGAUUCUUUGUGGUAUGUGCUAUGGCCCAAAUCUUGGGUCAAUGGUCUGGAGCUAAUGCUGUUACUAUUUAUGCUUCACAAUUGUUUAGUUUUGCAGGGGUUGUAGGAACUGAUCAAUUAAAGAUGUCUGCUAUUUUAGGGGUUGUUAAAUUUGUAUCAGCAUACUUGAGUGCUUUCCUCUUUAUUGAUUUCCUUGGUAGAAGAAAAGCAUUAUAUAUUGGACUUAGUUUACAAUUAAUAACCAUAUUAUAUUUUGCUAUAUUCAUGACUAUAGUCCCAGAAGCAUCUAAUGCUAAUGCAGUCUUAAGUCCAUCACAAAAGAAAGCAGCUCAAGGAGCUCUUGCUGCUAUUUUCCUUUCAGGAACUGGUUGGACUAUGGGUUAUAAUAAUAUUCAAUAUUUACUUGGAUCAGAAUUAUUCCCAUUAAAAAUUAGAUCUUUUGCCCAAUCAUUAGUUAUGGUAUUACAUUUUGCCAAUCAAUAUGGUAAUUCAAAGGCUUUACCAUUAAUGAUUAUAACUAUGACAAAUUAUGGGGUAUUUUAUUUCUUUGUAGGAAUUAUGGUUAUUGGAUUAAUUUGGUGUUGGUUCUUUGUCCCUGAAGUGGCUGGUAGAUCCUUAGAAUCAAUGGAAGAUAUCUUUAAUUUACCAUGGUAUUUGAUUGGGAGAAAAGGGGCUGAAUUAUGUCCUGAUUAUUCUGAAAUUAAUAAGAUUAGUCAUACUGAUUCCAGAGGUAAUACUUAUGUUGAUCAUGUGCAUUACAAUAUAGAUGAAUCUAAAGUGAAACAAGAAUUCAUUGAGAAUGCUGAAAAGGAACCUGCUACCAGUAGUAGUAAGUUACUUGAACCUUCUGAAAGUGUUUAA